AUGGCAAAAUUCAUACAUUUCAUCGUCUUGGUUUCAAUAAUCAUCUUCGUCCUUCAACCAUCAAGCGUUAACGCUGGUCCUCUUGCUUAUGCAGCAUGUCAAACUGCAUGUAAUAUUGGCUGGGUAACGUGUUAUAGUGCUGCCGGAUUGGCUGCUG